AUGAAUGAACAACCAUUGAAAACCCUCAUCGAGGUGAGGGAAGAUUUCAUGCUUUCACCAGCUGGUGAUAGUGAACCAACACUCAGAACAGCCCAUUUUCUCAAACCAAUUGCAAAUUCCAUUCAUGAAUCAACUUUUAAGGUUAACCCAUUUUCAUCAUCUUCUGUUUCUGGACUAAAGGAGAGACCUUUGACAACCCAUUUUCAUGGCUGGAGAUACAACCAAGAGAAAUGGUUCUAUUGGGUUGAUAAACUUAAACCAAAGUAUGAAAAUUUGUGGAGGAAAGCUAGAAUCUUUCAAGCUAUCAUGAGUACUAAAUGUUACAUACAUAAAUAUGUAAACUUGUUAAUUGGGGUUGUCGAUAAUUGGUGUUCAGAGACAAAUACAUUUGUGUUUCCAUUUGGUGAAGCAACUAUCACUUUAGAGGAUGUCAUGGUUUUAGGAGGUUACCUUCUUGGUGAUCCUGUUUUCACUUCACUUGAAGACCAAGAAUUGAGAGAGGUGCAAAAGAAAUUGAUCCUUGCGAGACAGAAGCUGACAAAUAGGAAACAAAGAAGUCAAAGAACAUUAGCGUGGAUGGAUAUUUUCAUUGAUAAAGGUAGUGAAAUUGAACAUGAAGCAUUCCUUGCUACUUGGUUGUCAAUGUUUGUAUUUCCACAUUUAAGUUUGGUGAAAAGUUGUUUGUUUCCUAUUGCUAUUCAUCUUGCUAGAGGAAAUCCUAUUGCUUUAGCACCUGCAGUUUUAGCUAGCUUAUAUAAGGAUUUAAGUUUUUUUAAGAAAACAAUUGUUGAUUUGUCAAAAUAUCCUAUUGAUGAAGUUACUAUUCGGUCACCCUUUUAUUUAGUUCAAAUUUGGGUAUGGGAGAGAUUCAAAAAUUUACAACCACAACCCAUGUUGAUCAACCAUGGAGACCCUUUUUUACUUAGGUGGCAUAAGGUUAGGUCCGUUCAAAUUAAAAUAGACAGUGUUAAAUUGGCAUUAGAUUCUGCUGCCAAUGAUUUUCUUUGGCGUCCAUAUGUUAGAUAUUCUGAUAAGUGUGAAAUGUUUUAUCCAAAUGAUGAAAUUUGGAUACCAUUUAAGAAAGAUUUGGUGGACGAACAAUUGCUAUCAUUUGUUAUAUCCUUGAGAGUUUCUGAGCUUGUUGGAUUUGACUCCAUAGAGCAGUAUUUGCCACCUAGAGUUUCUAUGCAAUUUGGUUUUGAUCAGGAUGUUCCAAGUUAUGUCCCUAGGUUCAAUGAGACUGAAGAGAUUACUUGGAAAAACUACUGCAGGCCCAUAUAUGAUAAAAAAUUGUAUUUUCCAUCAAGACUUUUUGAGGCAGAUGUUACCUCCCGUUAUUCAAUGUGGUGGAAGCAAUCGGUAUUGGGUAGCAACGAUUUUAUUAAGAAAAUUGUGCAGAGGAAGAGAAGUGCAAGUUCAAGGAAACAUAGAGCUCAUGUAGGAAAUGCAAACAGAAGUGGUAAUGAUGUUGGUGUUCCACCUGGAUUUCCUCCCAAUCUUGUUGACUCUCUUACUUUUUGCAAAAUUUUGUGA